CAGUCAGUGCCAGUUCAGCGAGAGGUGUGGACGGUUGUGUUUGUUCGGCUCGCGGUUCGUGACUUACGCACAUGUCAUCGAAAACAGUGUCAUGUUAACAUGACUGUGGUCAGUCAAUUCGACCGGUACGUAGUAAAGUACUUAGCAGAAAAACGAAUAUGGAUACCUUUCAUUUUAACUUUGCGUCGACAGGUGGAAACGACGAUUCAUAGGUAGUCAAUUCGUGGAUUUAUUUUUAAACAUGUGGAUGUGGACUAGCCAAGUGAAAGCCAGUGUUGUGCCAUUUAUUGUGGUCUUCCUCGCACGACACAUAUUGGUGAGCGCUCAUUUCACACACCAAUGGGCGGUUCACAUACAAGGUGGAAAAGAAGUAGCUGACAGAGUUGCUAGGGACCAUGGCUUCAUCAAUAGGGGACAGAUAAUCGAGGAUCAUUGGCAUUUCACUCACAAUCGAGUAGCGAAAAGGUCUCUCUCUCCUAAUCACGAAAGGAAAGUACGACUAGCCGUUGAUACCAGAGUUCAGUGGGCUCAACAGCAGACAGUCAAGAGGAGGGUGAAAAGAGAUCUGACCCUUCAAGAUUCUGAUCCGAAAUGGCCAAGCAUGUGGUAUUUGAAUCGAGGAAAUGGCUUGGAUAUGAACGUCAUUCCAGUGUGGCAAGAAGGUGUUACAGGGAAGGGUGCUGUAGUGACCAUUUUGGAUGAUGGAUUGGAAAAGAAUCACCCAGAUUUACUCCAAAAUUAUGAUCCAAUGGCAUCAUAUGAUGUAAACGGUCAUGACUCAGAUCCAAGUCCACGUUAUGACAUGAUAGAUUCCAACAGACAUGGAACCAGAUGUGCUGGUGAAGUUGCAGCAACGAGUAAUAACUCGGUUUGUGCUCUUGGAAUCGCACAUGGUGCUAAAGUUGGAGGUGUGAGAAUGCUGGACGGAGAUGUGACUGACGCAGUAGAAGCCAGAUCGCUGAGUUUAAAUCCACAUCACAUAGAUAUAUACAGUGCCUCUUGGGGCCCAGAUGAUGAUGGGAAAACUGUUGAUGGGCCAGGGGAAAUGGCUACAAGAGCCUUCAUCGAAGGAGUGACCAAGGGUCGAAAUGGUAAAGGUUCGAUUUUUGUUUGGGCGUCUGGAAAUGGUGGCAGAGAUCAAGACAAUUGUAAUUGUGAUGGUUACACAAACUCCAUAUACAGCUUAUCGAUAUCAAGUGCUACAGAACAUGGCCAUGUACCAUGGUACAGUGAAGCAUGCAGUUCUACUUUGGCCUCAACGUAUAGUAGUGGUGCUGUUGGCGAGAAACAAGUUGUCACAACUGACCUACGAUUUGCCUGUACUAGCAGUCAUACCGGUACAAGUGCUUCUGCACCUCUAGCAGCGGGUAUAUGUGCUCUCGCAUUAGAGGCCAAUCCGAAUUUGACUUGGCGUGACAUGCAACAUAUAGUGGUGAGAACAGCAAGGCCCGAAAAUUUGAAAGCUCUCGAUUGGCAAACUAAUGGUGUGGGAAGAAACGUUUCUCAUAGUUUUGGGUAUGGCUUGAUGGAUGCACAUGCCAUGGUCCGCCUGGCAAGAAGUUGGAAAACUGUUCCAGAACAGAACAAAUGUGAAAUCACAGCUCCCCAUGAUCAAAAGGCCAUCCCUGCCAAGAGUGUGGUCAUCCUGAAGCUUCAAGUGACCAAAUGCGAGGGCGUGGCUGUUCUUGAACACGUUCAAGCCAAGUUAACAAUAUUUUCUCAAAGGAGGGGUGACUUGAAUAUACAGCUCACCUCCCCUAUGGGAACCAGAGCAGUUUUGUUAGCUCACAGAACACAUGAUAAUUCGCGUACGGGUUUUAAUAACUGGCCAUUUAUGUCCGUCCAUUCUUGGGGAGAGUCCCCAUUAGGAGUUUGGGAACUGGAGAUCCACAAUGCUGGUAGACUUCUAGCUAACAUUACUGGUUGGACUUUAGUUCUCCAUGGCACAGCUACAGAUCCUAAUCAAGAGAGUACGGAGCAUCCUGUUAACAAUAUUGGAAGUAUUUCAUCAAAUUCUUGGAGAGGCGAUGAGAUAAAGAAAGAUACUUUGGAAGUAGAAGAAGAGGUAAAAAGCACUUCUGGCUGCUCCAAUCCUGAGGCUCAAUUAAGUUUAGGCUGUCUACAAAAUCGAACCGAGAGCAAUUCUAAUCCCGGCUGUCCAGAUGGGUACUAUAAAAAAGAUAUUGAAAUUAUCAGAGAAGAAGUGAACGACCGAUUUCUCAACUUCACUUGUGGAACAUGCCAUUACACCUGCAAGACAUGUAAAGGAUCUUUGGAUUAUGAUUGUCUUUCAUGUUUUCCAGAUGCCGUUCUCACCAAUCAAUUCCCUAAUGAAAAUUAUUGCUAUCCCAUUUCCAUAUCCUGGAUUAUCCACGCUGAAUCGAUGUACAUAAUUUUUUUCUUGAUUUUUCUUAUUCUCAUGUCAUUACUCUUCAUUUCCGUGCUAUGGCUAUUAUGGAAAUUGAGAAGAAGCAAUAGAUACAAUAAUUUGCAGAGUAAUGUUUUAGGCCUUUUAGACAAAGAACAGAUGUAAUAUCUUCAGUGAGUUUUAUUACAAUAGUCUUUGAAUCUGUAGCUUCAUUUCAAAAUAUUUUCCAUAACUAGACUUAUUAGUAAAGCAUUAAUAAGAUGAUGAAGAAUUUUAAUGGAAUUUUUUGCUCCAUUCUAUGCACUCAAACUGAAUAUUUUUCUGAUUGGAUGGAUUCAGAUUUUGAGACAUUAAUGAUAUUUUAUCAAUCCUCUUUUCAGUAUGUUGGGUAGGAAAUGAUUUCAACUCUCUUUUAUGAGGAAAUAACAAAUAAAGUGCCUUUUUUGACAA